CUUUAUUCCACCGCCAAUUCCCACCACCACCACCACCACAUCGUCUCCUCUGCUUCCUCCUCGGCGAGCGUUCUCACGCUCUUUCUCCUAGUCGAGGUACAUCGCAUCGCAUUGUAGUCCUCCGGCUUCGCUCGCUCCUCUUCGGCGCCGCAAACCAGCGGUGGCUCCCUGUUUGGAUAUCACCCUGCGAACUCGUUGCAUGUCCUCUGCGUUUGAGGGUUCGGGGCCGUCUCUGCUUCUUUGUCUUUCGGGAGAGGAUGGAGAAGAAGCAAGGGUUCUUCUCGGCGCUGCGGGAGGAGGUGGCGCGGGGCUUGUCACCCGCCAGGGCGAGGGCGAGGUCGAGGUCGGAGAGCCCGCGGCGGAGCCCGUCGCCGGUUGCGAAUCUUCUUCUUCCGCGGCGGUGGAAGCGGCAGCCCGCGCGGGGGUUCCCCGCGGAGCUGUUGGUGCCGGCGUCCGGGACCCUGGCGCCGCUGGCGGAGGGGCCGGAGGGGGACGGCGGGGACCCGAGGAAGGAAGGGUGGGGGCGAUGGGUGAUGGGCCAGCUCUCCCGCGCGCCGUCGGUCUCCGCUCCCUCCUGCCGCAGCUCUGACCUCCGCCUCCUCCUCGGCGUCAUGGGGGCGCCGCUCGCCCCCGUCCACGUCUCCCUCGCCAACCCCCUCCCUCACCUCAGCAUCAAGGACACUCCCAUUGAAACGUCGACAGCUCAAUACAUACUGCAGCAGUACACAGCGGCAUCAGGUGGGUUGAAGCUUCUGAGCUCCAUCAGGAAUGCGUACGCAAUGGGGAAGGUGAGGAUGGUGGCCUCGGAGUUUGAGACGGCGACUGGGAUCAUCAAGAAUCGUAACUCACCGAAAGAUGCAGAAUCUGGUGGGUUUGUCCUCUGGCAGAUGGCACCGGACAUGUGGUACGUCGAGUUGGCUGUUGGUGGUAGCAAGGUCCGUGCCGGUUGCGACGGCAACAUCGUUUGGCGCCACACCCCCUGGCUCGGUGCCCAUGCCGCCAAAGGCCCCAUUCGACCUCUUCGUCGAGCACUUCAGGGUAUUGAUCCAUUGACCACGGCGAGCAUGUUUGCCGAUGCACAGUGCAUCGGGGAGAAGGAGGUCAAUGGAGAGGAUUGCUUCAUCCUCAAGCUCUGUGCAGAUCCACAGACAUUGAAGGCUAGGAGCGAAGGUGCUGCAGAGAUCAUUAGGCAUGUGUUGUUUGGUUACUUCAGCCAGAAGACCGGGCUUCUUACUUACAUGGAGGACUCCCAUCUGACUCGAAUCCAGUCGAGCACCGGAGGUGAUGCCGUGUAUUGGGAGACCUCCAUUAACUCCUCCAUCGAUGACUACCGUGCUGUUGAGGGUAUGAUGAUUGCCCAUUCAGGGCAUUCAGUGGUCACCCUUUUCCGGUUUGGUGAAGUGGCCAUGAGCCACACUAAGACAAGAAUGGAGGAGGUGUGGACCAUCGAGGAGGUGGCUUUUAAUGUUCCCGGACUCUCGAUGGACUGUUUCAUUCCUCCAGCUGAUGUAAACCGUGGAUCAGUCAGUGAAGCCUGCGAGCUACCUCAAGUGGAGAGGGAGAGGGGGAGAAACGUUAUGGCUGGAAGUCAUCGGGCGAAGGUCGCGGCUGUGGAGAGGUCGCACAAUGUUGCCGACAAUAACAUCCUGUGGAGGGUGGAGGUCUAACGUUGAGGCCAUGGUGGAUCGGAAGUAAACCAAAUCUGUUCAUAGUCGUAGUAGUUCUUUUGCUUGGUUGACUGACUCACCAUCGUAAACCAUGGGUUUAGUAGCAUAAACUAACUUUAGGGAAAUUGGAGUCUGCCAUCUAAAUAAUGUUCUGUAAAUAGGAGCAUAAUCAUUCAUAGGUCCAUCACCUGCACGCUCGAAGUGAACUCCUAUAGCCUUAGUGCAGAAUUCUUUCUUUACGCGAUCCCGGUUUGGUCAAGUCAGUAGUUAUGUGAUGUAGUCGAGGUUUCUCUUUUGUUGUUCUUCUCAUCGUCUCACGAUGAGGUGCUGCCUUCAAUAGCAAAGGAUCAGAAGAAUCUCUUAUGAGAUGGUUUUAAGAUUGAGGGGAGUCUUUCAUGUGUGUUUUGCUUGUUUGCUAAGUUGUGUUAAAAACUGUGGAGGAUGAAGAAAGCCGGCAGAUGCAAACUUAAGAUUAGAUUGGAUUGGAUGUUGUUGGGGUUGGGAGAGAAGUUUUCCUUGCCCACUGCAAUCACAUUUUCAUACAAACAAGUUGAUGUAUCUGAUGUCGAUAUUUAUUUAUCAGAUAAUGUUUUUGUUUGGCUUUA